AUGGGUUCAUCGUCUGAUGUAAGUACUGUUGCACAAAAGAAAAGACGUGCUGAGUUUGAUCCGAGUGAUAUCAUUGCCGACCCAGGGCUUCAAAAACCAAUCGAGGAAUAUGACACAGGAAUAAGAGAUCAAGUAAGGAGAGAGUAUUUGUUAAUGGGUCCAUGUCAACCAGUUGGCCACACUUUUCCUAGAAAACAACAAGGAAAAGGUCUUGCUUUUCGUGGACAUGAUAAAUCUUCAAGUUCCACUAACAAGGGCAACUUUUUAGAGAUGCUAAAUUGGUAUAGAACAAAAGUUGAAAAUGUUGGUCAUGUUAUUAAUGAAAAUGCUCCUGGAAAUAAUCAAAUGACCUCUCCACAAAUACAGAAAGAAUUAGUGAGGGCUUGUGCAGAAGAGACCACGCGGGCUAUUAUUAAUGAGAUUGGAGAUAGUUAUUUCUCUAUACUUCUUGAUAAGUCUCGUGACAAAUCAGUAAAAGAGCAAAUGGCUGUGAUUGUAAGGUUUGUGAAUAAGCAAGGUCAAGUAAUUGAAAGAUUUCUUGCUGUUGAACAUGUUGCUGAUACUUCAACCCCUUCAUUAAAGAUAGCUUUGGAUGGAUUGUUUGACCAGAAAGAUCAAAACAUUGUUAAUGCAAUGGGGUUGAUUGUAACUGUGAAAGAACUUAUGCAAGACUUGAGAGAAAAUAAAUGGGGUACAGUUUUAGAAGAAGUUAGGAGCUUCUGUGUUGAAAUGUCAGUUUCAGUGCCUAAUAUGGAAGAUAGUAUACUAAUUCGUGGCCGUUCGAGAUGUGGGGGGCAAUUGGUUACUUAUUACCAUCAUUAUCAUGCAGAGAUCUUUAUUGCAGUGAUUGAUUUACUUACUACUGAGAUGAAUAACCGAUUUAGUGAAACUUCUACAAAGUUAUUAAGAUGCAUUGCUUGUCUUGAUCUAAGAAACUCUUUUUCCAAAUUCGAUCAUGGGAUGCUUGUUCGACUUGCUCAGCUUUACUCUGAUGAUUUCUCCACAUCCGAUCAUCUUAUCUUGAAAGAGCAACUUCGCAUAUAUAUUCAUAAUGUGAGAAGAAAUUCUGAUUUUUCAAGUUGUCAUGAUCUUGCAAGUCUUGCUGUGAAGAUGGUUCAAUUUGAUAAACAUUUGACUUAUCCAUUGGUUUAUCGUCUUAUCGAAUUGGCAUUGAUUUUACCGGUGGCAACAGCAAUAGUUGAAAGAGCAUUCUCAGCAAUGAAUAUCAUCAAAAAAGAUUUGCGAAACAAAAUAAGCGAUGAAUGGUUAAACAAUAUGAUGGAUUCAGCUCCCCCUCGCAAUCAUGAGUGA